AUGUUCCUGGCCCACUCUCUUCGUCUGGAGAGCGGAGCCACGGUGGGCUCCAUGGGACCUGCUGUGACUCCUGCGGCAGAGGAAUGUCUCGGCAGUCUCUGCAGACACCCGCCAAAGGGGAUGAGCACGGGCUAUAAAAGCUGCCGGACUUCCACUCAGGGCGUUGAGACAUCCACCGGAAUCACCAUGAGCAACAUCUACGGCAUUCGCGCUGCCAACAGCAAAGUCGCCUUUGUUGCCGGUGCCAACGGCAUCAGUGGCAGUGCCAUUGUCGAUCAUCUGGUCAAGCAGCCGGCCAGCGAGUGGUCGGAGAUCGUCAUCACAUCAAGAAGCCCGAUCAAGACCGUCUACACUGACCCGAGGGUGCGCUUCAUCGCCAUCGACCUCCUCGAGCCAGCCGAGGCCAUCGUCGAGAAGAUUAAGGGAUUGUGCGCGGGCGUGACCCAUGCUUUCUUCACAUCCUACAUCCACAACAAUGACUUUUCAAAACUCCACGAGAAGAACGGCCCCCUGUUCCGGAACUUCCUUGAAGCAGUGGACCUAGCCUGUCCCAACCUGCAGCGCGUCGUCUUGCAAACCGGAGGCAAGCACUACGGCUUCCAAUACAGGGACAUUACCACCCCCUUCCUGGAAGACAUGCCUCGCUACGAGGGCCCCGAGAACAUCUUCUACUACGAACAGGAAGACGACCUGUUUGCCGUCCAGAAGCGCCGCAACUCCUGGAGCUACAACGUCAUCCGCCCCAUGGCCAUCAUCGGCUACAGCUGCCAAUACCUGGCAAUCAACGAAACCCUCCCCCUAGCUCAAUACUUCCUCAUCUGUCGGGAGCUCAACGAGGCCCCCCGCUGGCCGGGCACACUGGAAAGCUACCACCGCGUCGAGAAGCAGUCGUCCGCCCCGGGGAUCGCCAACCUGACUAUCUGGGCCGCAACCCAAGCCCACUGCAAGGACGAAGCCUUUAACCACGACGACGGCGACGUGAUCGUGUGGAAGUUCCUGUGGCAUUUGCUGGCGCGGUACUUCCGGGUCCCGAUGGACAAGUUCGAGGCCCCGACGCCAGCAACCCAGGCGUUUGAGCUCGGCGAGUGGGCGCAGGACAAGAAGGCCGUCUGGGAGCGUAUUGUCGCCAGGUAUGGCGGCGACCCGGAGGCGUUCUAG